AUGGAUCCUUACAUGGCUACUUUAAGAGGUUUAAGGCAAGGAGAUCCCAUCUCUCCUCUCCUAUUUGUCAUUUGCAUGGAGUACUUAUCAAGGCUCAUAAGAAGCAUGGAAGAUCAUCCUUUGUUCAAGUUUCAUCCAAGGUGCAAGAAGAGCAAACUAACACCCAUGGUGUUUGCUGAUGAUAUAAUUUUGUGCUGUGAAGGGAGCUUUCCAUCAGUUUACACUAUGUUGAAGGCUUUCAAACUCUUUUCAGCUACUUCUGGCCUACAAAUCAGUGAGCAAAAGUCUGACUUUUACACAGCAGGGGUAAGUCAGGAGGUAAUUCAGAGAAUCAAAGCUGCUACAAACUUUGCUCACAACAAACUUUUUUUUAGGUAUCUAGGGUUGCCUGUGUGUGCUAGGAAAAUCAGGGUGGCUGAAUGUAAUGGGAUCAUUGAGAAGAUGUGUGCAAGGAUUAAAGUAUGGAGCAGUAGGAAUCUGUCAUAUAUGGCUAGGGUCACUUUGGUGAACUCAGUUUUGCUAAGCAUUCAUCAAUAUUGGGCUCAGAUGUUUAUCUUGCCAAAGUCUGUAUUGAAGGAGAUUGAAAAGAUAUGCAGGGCAUUCCUAUGGACUGGAGAGUGGAAUAGCAGUAAACCAGGUAAUGUGGCUUGGGAACAUGUUUGUUUACCUAAGCAAGCAAAGGGUGUGGGUUUCAGGCAAAUCCAAACGUGGUAUGUGGCGGAAAUAGCUAAAUAUGUUUGGGCAAUCUCUACCAAACAAAAUAAUUUGUGGGUGAAAUUGGUGCAUGAGGUAUAUGUCAAAGAUGCAAGGUGGUGGGAUUAUGAGCCUCCCAUAGACAGUUGCUGGUAUUGGAAGCAAAUUUGUAAAGUGAAGAGCAAACUGAAGCUGCUAUAUAGUGAGCAAGAAUGGAAUAGUUUGACAAAGUUCAGUGUGCAGCAAGUCUAUAAAAAACUCAUAGGGGAGCAACCAGCUGUGCAUUGGGAUAAACUAAUAUGGAACAGAUUAGUGAUUCCAAAGCAUAGAGUGAUUGGAUGGCUUGUGAUGAAACAAAGGCUGAGAACUCUAGACAUUCUUGUGAAGAUAGGUGUACAGGCUUUACAUUCCUGUCAUCUUUGUGAGCAAGGCAUUGAGAACCAUAAUCAUCUCUUUAUUCAAUGUAAAUAUUCAACUCAAUGCUUAGAUUUGGUUAGGGGCUGGAUGGGCAUGAAAAACCAACACAGUAUAUUCCCUAGGCAGAUGCUGUUUAUUAUGAAGAGUAAGAGAACUGGGGUGAAAAAAAGAUUCAUGGCUGCUGUCUUCAGUGGGCUGGUUUACCAGAUUUGGUGGGUAAGGAAUGAAGCAAUUUGGAAUCAUGUAGUGUCGAAACCUGAAUUCAUAUUCAGGAAGCUGAAGCAGCUGAUACAACAAAGAAUUAGACUAGUAUUACCUCAUAAAAUCACUGCUAGGGAUCAGCUAUGGAUAGAUAGUAUGUUGGCUGCUGUAUAG